CACUUUAUCAUUGAUGCUUAUAUAAAGACCAUUCCACGAUACGAUAUUUACUUCUUCGACCAUGUCAAAAUCAGAGUUGGAAAUUGAAAUCACAUCAGAAUGCUUGAAUGGUAAAAAAUUAUUUUCUAAUAUUCAUAGUUAUCAUAAUUUGCUCACAUUUCAAGAAGUGCAAACUCUAGUCAAACGUACCUCAGGUGAUAAAGCAGUUGUACAGAAAUACUCUCUGAGAUCAUAUUCUGAUGGAAAGCUUGGAUUUCUCGGAUCUCAUCAAAGGCUCAACGUGGAAAUUAAAACCACAAAUGGAAAAGAUAUACUAACUUUUUUUGUUAAAACCGUACCAUACGAUUUACCAGUUCAAGCUGAAUACGUACUCGAUAAAUGUGUCUUUUUGAAAGAAAAAAUUUUUUACCGUGACAUAGUUCCACAGUUAUAUCAUGACUAUAAAGGUGAAUCAUGGACUGCAACUUGUUUCUUAGUCAAAAAAAAUUUAUUAUUAUUCGAAGAUUUAAGUACCAAGGGUUACUCAUUAAGAAAUAAAUUGUUCAACAAGGAACUUAUUGUGUCCAGUUUAACAACCAUUGCUAAAUUACAUGCAUGCUCUUUGUUGGCAGAAGCACGUCUUGGAAAAUCUCUAAAGGAAUUAUAUCCACAAGCUUUCGUAGAAAAUGCUUUCUCCGAGACUGGAAAGACUAGCGAAUGGUUUGAUGUAAGUGUCAAUGCUAUAGUUGCCGUCGCUAAACAUCUUAAUUUGGAUGCUAGUUUAAUACCAAAAACUUGUAAAGAAGUAUAUGCAGCUUUGAAAACGUCGUCUAUAAAAAAGAAUGUAAUUAGCCAUGGAGAUUUAUGGGGAAAUAAUCUUAUGUUCAGUAAUAGUGUACCUCCAAAGUGUCUGUUGAUUGAUUUUCAAUUGAUCAGAUAUUCUCCUUUGGCGCAUGAUAUAGCACAACUUCUAUAUCUUUGUACUGACCGUGAUUUUCGAGUAACCUGGGAAGAAACUAUGCUAAAGCAUUACUAUAGUGUAUUAUGUGAAACUCUGAAGUCGGCAAAAACUAUUUCUGUGGAAAUUCCAGCUUGGUCAGAAUUAACCGAGGGAAUAGAAGAACAGAGAUUAGCCGCUAUAAUUACUGCAGCUAUAUAUUUUCAAACUGUAUUAUUAGAUGAGAAAUUGGGAGCAAAAAUUUUGGGUGAUCCUAACAGUUAUCAUGAAUUUGAAUUUAAAAAUAGAAACGAAACAGUACUUAAACUCAUGGAAAUUGAUCCAAUAUAUAAUAAACGUUUAACAGAAACUGUUACUGAGUUAGUUGAAUUUAGUUUUCGGUUAAAUGAAUUACCGAAACCAACAUAAUUCUUAUUAGAUAAUUAAUAGAGCACAUUUAUUUUUGCACUGAGGCAAGUUUUCAAUAAAAAUUAUGUUAAUUAUUAUAAAAUAUGUAAAAAAAAAAAUAUAUAUAUAUAUAUAUGAACAUUGUAUUUGACAAUGUAAUAAAUAAUUCAUGAAAUAAAUUGUGUCUGUAUUCAUUUAAGUGAUUCAUUAAAAAAGAUUAAAUUAUUUAUCUUGCAAUUUUACAAAUAAUUAAUUUUUUAAAUGUUAUUUAAAAUAACAUGAAUAAACAAAAUCAAAACAAAAUUUAUACUAAAUCAAUGUUCAAUUUCUUCUCGAUCUGGAAGUAUAGUUGAGAGAAAAGACCAAUUAUGAUCAACCAGUUGCACUUUUGUUUCAUCAACAUCAUUGAUUUCAAUUAUAGGUGGUGAUUCUUGUUUUUUUGAUCGUGAUAAUUCUCCUUCACUUUCUUCAGCUGAAUCCUCUUGUAAAUCCUUCUGAAUUAUAUUAUCCCUAUAAAAA